AUGGAGCAUUCGGACAAUGAGCUGGCUACAGCCAUUUUGUUCCAGGUAACGGGCAACGCGGGGGGUAUGGUGUCACAAGAUUCGUUCAAGACAUUUCGGUGCAGUCUGACGGUGCCCCACGUAGACGACUACCCCACUUCGGGUGGGGGGGGGAGGGAGGGCAAUGUGCGCCUCGUGUUUGGGCGGGCCACGCACCAGCCGGACAUCUCAUCUAUGUACCGGGACAAGUCCACGACGGGCUUUACUUCGCUGUCGAACGCCGACUCUUUAGUCAAAGUACUGUAUGCAUCGGGUGCAAUUGUGAUCCCUGAGCCUGGUGACAUUGUGUGCUGGACCUCUGGAAUAGUCCAUUUUGAGAUGAACAUUGACCCAAAAGGCAACAGGUUUAAGCCUACGCGGGGUCAUGUACAGGAACGCUAUGUGGUUGGGACGCACAACCCAAGCGACAGCCUGACACAGACGCAGCUGGAAACACUGUCUGGAAUGGCCGAGUCUGGGGUUAUCUUGCACCCGUACGUUGGAACCAAGAGCCAGUUUGGGCCCGCAAAUGCCAACAACUUGCACCGCAAGACCACCCAGUUUUGCCGCCGCAGAGUCCAGCCCAAAGGUGAGAAGGUGCGGUUUGUUGCAGCAACCAAGGCCUGUCAGACCAAGGUACACAAGAUGACUGACCGGCGCCGGCAACUGCACGGUUUACGGAUCAAGAACCCCAGACGUCUGUUUAAGGACCCUCUUGCCCAAUAG